AUGAAGGUAUAUUUAAUAUUUCACAUUGUGUACGGAAUCAUUACAUAUGAUUCCAAUACUAUUAAAAAUUUUGCUUAUUAGUUUAGUGGAGGAAGUAGAUGCAUUUCACCUUUAGAACGAUAAGUAACAGUCUAUUUUUCUGACAUAUUUGCAAAACCUCCAAAAAUAAUUUUAUUAACAGAAGUGUUCGACUUAGAUCAUCCAUAAGUUUAUUUCACCCUUUAGAUUAUGACUGUUACAACAGAUUGUAUUAAUUAUCAAGUAUUAGAUUUUAUACUGCAAUAAAAAUGCGAUUAUUCAGUCGUCUAUGCUAUUGUAAUUAGAUGGUAAGCAAUAGAUGAUGAAAGAAUUUAAGUUAUAAAUGAGUUUAACAUGAUUUCAUUCUAGAAUAAAACUUAUCCUCACAUUAACCCUAAUUUCGAAGAGGCUGUUAUCUCUUUGAUUAAUUUUUCCUAUAAAGGUUCUAUUUAGUUCAAUAUCCUGGUAUUUAUUUAGAGAAAUAAACUUAGAUCGAGGAAUUAACGACGACAAAUGUAUCUGUUGUAAUAACGAAUCCAAAUGAUGGCUUAAAAAAUCUACUUGUUUUGGGUUAUUAAGUAAUUUUAGGAGUCAAAGAAGCCAUUUCACAAUUUAGUUCGAUCUAAACAACUGCUGCCUAUACAAGUCCUCAUUAUAAUUUUAAAGAUUCUUCUUGGUUGAUUACACCUUUCAUAGGGUUUUCUUAUAAUGUAAAUGAUAACGUUAGACUAAAUAUAACUUAUUAUAAAGAUGAAUAGGCAAUAUGGUAUCAGCUAAAUACAUUUUUAAGUACAAUUGAUUCAUAUGAUUUUAGAUGGGAAGUUUUGGAGCUAUUAUACUCCACAAAACCAUUAGCCAGCAUGGCUCAAGUAUUCAUUUACAACCAUAUACACNAAAAAUGAUAUUUUAAUUUUAUGAAGGUAUAUUUAAUAUUUCACAUUGUGUACGGAAUCAUUACAUAUGAUUCCAAUACUAUUAAAAAUUUUGCUUAUUAGUUUAGUGGAGGAAGUAGAUGCAUUUCACCUUUAGAACGAUAAGUAACAGUCUAUUUUUCUGACAUAUUUGCAAAACCUCCAAAAAUAAUUUUAUUAACAGAAGUGUUCGACUUAGAUCAUCCAUAAGUUUAUUUCACCCUUUAGAUUAUGACUGUUACAACAGAUUGUAUUAAUUAUCAAGUAUUAGAUUUUAUACUGCAAUAAAAAUGCGAUUAUUCAGUCGUCUAUGCUAUUGUAAUUAGAUGGUAAGCAAUAGAUGAUGAAAGAAUUUAAGUUAUAAAUGAGUUUAACAUGAUUUCAUUCUAGAAUAAAACUUAUCCUCACAUUAACCCUAAUUUCGAAGAGGCUGUUAUCUCUUUGAUUAAUUUUUCCUAUAAAGGUUCUAUUUAGUUCAAUAUCCUGGUAUUUAUUUAGAGAAAUAAACUUAGAUCGAGGAAUUAACGACGACAAAUGUAUCUGUUGUAAUAACGAAUCCAAAUGAUGGCUUAAAAAAUCUACUUGUUUUGGGUUAUUAAGUAAUUUUAGGAGUCAAAGAAGCCAUUUCACAAUUUAGUUCGAUCUAAACAACUGCUGCCUAUACAAGUCCUCAUUAUAAUUUUAAAGAUUCUUCUUGGUUGAUUACACCUUUCAUAGGGUUUUCUUAUAAUGUAAAUGAUAACGUUAGACUAAAUAUAACUUAUUAUAAAGAUGAAUAGGCAAUAUGGUAUCAGCUAAAUACAUUUUUAAGUACAAUUGAUUCAUAUGAUUUUAGAUGGGAAGUUUUGGAGCUAUUAUACUCCACAAAACCAUUAGCCAGCAUGGCUCAAGUAUUCAUUUACAACCAUAUACACAGCAUUAGAAUGUAGAACAUUAAGAAUUACAUAAAUAAAAGAAAAGCAAGCAGUUUUCAGAAAUUCUUUUGAGAUUGAAAUUUUGGAAACUUCCUAAUUAUUCAAUAAUUAAGAUACAUUUUAAAUAAUUCUUGAUAAAAGUUAUUAGUUAAUAAACAUAAAGAUUUAUGCAAAAUGCUUUACAAAUAAAUCUAUUAAAAGUUACUUAAAUAAAUGCAAUGGAUGCUUACAAAAUUAAUAACACUAGUUUUAGCAUAAUUGCUACGGGGCUAUCAAUACAAUUAACUUCUCAAUUAAAUUAUUCCCAACAAUUUUGGCUCAUUAAGAAUUGAUAAUUAUAAUAUCAAAUAUUGAUUGUUAAGUAUUUUAAGUACUAUACAAUUAAGAGAAGAGUUAAGUCAAACUCAUAGAUAUCAAACAAAUUGACACUUGA